UGCUGCUGCUGCUGCUAAAGAGUUUGCGAGGAAGCUCGAUUGCCGAGGGCCACAGUGAUUGUGGCCGCACCGCAGCCUCAACUCGGCCCCAACAACACUCUCCAAAGCGAAGAAUUACAGUGAAAUACACGCCCGGGUUUGAUUAGAAGACGUGGGAGUUGAUGUUAGAGGGACUUUUUCAAGGUGGAGCCGCUUCCUUGUUCGACAAGCGGGUGAAAUAUCUCAACAUCAUCACAAAGAAACUUUGCCUGCUAAGCUGCUAACUGGCACUCAACAAGUGAGGGGUUUUGUUUGGUUUGUUUGUUUUAAAAAAGUCUGUUCACCGCUGAAAACUUCACCAACUCACCUGUGGAGAGAAGUGCUGCUGCUGCUGCUGCUGCUGCUGGUGUUUACUUUGAGGGUUUUUUCAUUCUCGACACGGUUUAGAGAAGUAGAAUAACUCGUCAUCAUCCUCAACAGCAGAGGAGGAAGAGCUGCAGCUGGUCACUAGCACAGUCUCCACACAGAGCGCCCCCCCCCCCCCCCCCCUCCUUCCUCCUCACCUCCACCAGGCAGAGAGGAGCCGAGUGGCCGCGGGUGAGUUACCAUGUCCGGCCGUGGAGUUGGACAGGGCCGGGGAGGUGCUCUGGGUCCACAGCCUCUGAAGGCAACCAUCCCCUACCAACUGACAAGCAAACCUCCAUCACACCGCAGAGAUGGAACGUCAGCUGGAAAGGUCAAACUGCACCAGCUGAGUUCCGGCAUGAGGCGAACGAUGUCUCUGGACGCCAUUGUGGGGCCGUACCUGCAGGGACAGUGGCUGAAAGAAGCCGAGGGCCGCGGCAGCCUCUCUUACGAGGACAAAUCCACUCAGACUCCAGCAUCGUGGUCAGAUAACUUCAGCAGCAGCAGCAGCAGCAUCAGCAGCAGCAGCGGCCACAAACGCUCAGCAUCAUGUAGCAGUGCUGAGCAUCUGCGAGAGAUUGGUAAACUCAGACAACAGCUACAGCAGCGUAACAAGCCCGUGGUCUCGGGGGGACGUGACAGAGAGAGCCAGCGGGGUCAUCCUCAAAGGAGCUGUAACUUAGCAACCACUCAGGGUCAGUCCAUUCCCAUCCCUCUGUCUCCCUUGUCCACACUGGUCCCUCGACUGCGUUGCAGCGUGGAGGGUCUGAACCAGGAGCUGGAGGGCAUGUUUGUCUGCCAGCCACCAGAUCCUCCUCACAGGCUGCUCGAGGUUCCCGACGGUCACCGAGCUCCGGUUCCUCUGCAGAGCUGCAGCAGUGGUUCUCAGAGUGACCCCACCGACACCACACCUAUGUCCUCAUUCUCCCCCUCCCCCUGCUCCUCCCCCAGCUACAUCUCCACCUCCCCAUCCUCCAACUCAGAGGAAGCUCAUGUGGAUCUGCUUCGAGGUGUGAUAGACGUCACAGAGACAUGCCUCCUGUCCCCGCUCUCCUUCCAGAGUGAGGCUGAUGUCUCCCUGCCUCCGCUCAGCUCCUCGUCCCCAGGGCCAAACAAAAGCUGCUGCUUCCAGAGAGAACCUCCAGAAGGCUGCGAGAAAGUGCUUGUCUGGGAGGAGAACAGAUCUCCAAGCAAACCAGAGCCGACCCUCAUCUCCUCCUGUCCAGACCCCAACAAGGUGAACUUCACUCCUCAUGGAGGCUCCGCCUUCUGCCCUGUCAGCCUCCUGAAGCCCCUGCUUCCCUCCAUGGACUUGUUGUUCCGCAGCCUCACCGUCUCCCCAGCAGCCAUCUGCUCCAGUCAGGGGACCGGCUCCUGCUCGUCUGACAGCGCUGCUGCUGCUGCUGCUGCUGCUGCUGCUGCUGAUCCUCCUGUGGGAGAAGAGUCUCUCUGAUCACAAGUCAAUAUCAUACACCUACAUGAUCCAAAGCUUUAUACAUCACUAAAAAUCAAAUGAUGCAAAGAUUUCUUUGUGUGAGUCAGCUGGAGAUGUGACUCACUGCUCACAUUACUCUCUUUUGUCCAAAGAAGCCGUGAUUUACACUUAUUCAUUCAUUCCCUUUUUUUCUUUUUUUUUAAACUUGAAAAGAGAGAAAACAAAAAUCAAGACUGAGUCGAGUUUUUAUAAACCUGAUGUCUGACUCUGCAGCUGGUGAACAAAGCAUGACAAAUCAGUUAAGUGUGUUUUUUUUAUUUACCUGAUUUAUGACACAAUGAAAUGACAUUGGAUUUAAGGGAAUAUUCCAGAUGUUGGACUUGGGUAGUAUCUUUACCUAAAGGCUUCUGCAUUCCUGCUUUAUAAAGUGAUGCUUCAGGGGUUUGUUGUAUGAGGUCCUGACACAUAAUCAGCACUGACUGUGCUGAUGUUUGCUGCUCUAUCCAGAGUUUAGACCGAUUUAUCCGACUGGAAAAUGAAGCUUGUGUUGCUUUGUAAACUGUUCACUCACAGCUUUUCUCUCUGGACCUCGGUGCAGGAGAGAUGGAAAACUCUUUGGACUUCAGUGAAAACUUCCAAUGCUGUCUUUCUGCAGAAAACCUCCAUCAUACAGACAAAGUGCCUGAAUCAGUUAAAGGAGAGGUUUUUCCUGUGUUUGUAGAAGCAAAUUGUUUUUAUGAUAUCAUAGAUUUAAAGGCACAGUGUGUAAAUGUUUUCAACAUGUCUCUUCCAAGUGUGUCGCCUUCAGUUUAGAGCCUUAUAUAAAAUAUAGACUUAUGGAAUACUAGGUACAGUAAUUGUUUCUUUAAAAGGAUUUCACCUGAAGUUGAGUGAAGUCGGUGCACACUGUGUCAGUACCUCAAACAACCACACUCUCCUGAACAUGGUUCUUGCUUUUGUAUCUCGUUGACUUGCAAAACAAAAGGUAACUUGUACGAGUAUUAUCGGCCGUUAUUCCUUGAUGUACUAGAUGUGAUAUUUUUUUAUAGUUCUGAGUUGACUACUUAAGCAGUUUUUAUGGUGUAGAUUACUGGUCCUUCUCCUUCUGCCAAGCGGACAGGUUGAUGUUCAGACAUAGAGGAUUAUUUGUGUGUAGACACGUUUGCACAAAAUCGAACUGCAACUUUAUUUUUGAGUCGCAUUUCCUAGUUUUAUAUUCAGUUUUUGUACUGCCUUGUAAAUUGAAAAAGUCGUAGAGUGUAUUUUCUACAGUUGUUUGAUUUUUCUCUCAAUGACCUGCAACAUAAGCUAAAAACAACAGUUACUUUUAGUUUCAUUCUGUCGUUCUAAGCGAGGCAGGUGUUACAUGACAUAAUGUAUCAGGUGGAUUUUUUUUUAAUGCACUUCCAGGAACAUGCUUUUAUGUGGAGGAACCAACGUCUGUCCUGGGUUUAUUGUUUCUGAUGGUAGUUUUGUGUGUGUGUGUGUGUGUGUGUGUGGGUGUGUGGAUGGGAGGUUAACAAGUCUGACUAAUAUGUACUAGUUCUAGUUACCGAGUGAAACACUGCAUUUGAACAAUGUUUCCAAAGAAGAUGGUUUUUUGUUUUUGGGAGGGGAGGGGUUUUUGACGACAUGAUGUUAUCUCAGGUUCUGUGUUCUGUCCACAUAAACUUAUAUGACUGAUAA